AUGUACUUGCAUUCUAAUGAUGCAGUAUUACUAGAGGUCAGUAACUUCAUUUCCACUAGUAAGGCAAUCACGUCCGUUAAGUACUGGAUGGAUACUUCCAAUAUUCUCCACCUUGCUAAUUUUGACCUGUUUUGCAAUUUUCCAUUCAAUAACAAUAGUUUUGUCAUUGGGACCGAAAGAAUUAAACUAGAUAUACUCUGCAAAAUUGUAGGAAUAUCUGAAUGGACCCAUUCUUAUGCUGAGAUCGUAAAUUCCACAUCCAUGGAAAAUGACAUUGUUAUCUGUUGGAUUCUACUAGAGAAUGUGUCUAGGUGCAUUUUCCUUGAAGUUAGCGAAGUCGCGGUUUUGAGCGUAGAUGAUUCAAUGGCAUUGAGUUGCAAUGGAUACUUGCAUGCUGACUGGAUGUCAGAUUUUGAUACUAAUAAAAAGUGUCCAUUGGUCUUGAAAACAAAUUCAGAAGAAGAAACCAAGACUCUCUAUCUGAAAUUGAAAAAGCAAGAUAUAUUGAAAGCAGUCGAAUGUCAGGAAACCUUUACUGUUGAAUGUUCUCCAAAUUUGCAGCCAAUCGUCAACCAUACAGCGCUGCUGGGAAAGGAAGUCAGCAAAUCCUUUUCUGUUGAUUGUUCUCCAAACUUGCAACCAAUUAUCAAACAUUCAACGCUACUGGCAAAAGAAGUCAGCAAAUCACCAGAGAUCAACCCAUUUUUGAGCCAGUCUUUUGAAAAUAUUAUCGAGCCUCAGCUAUCAACAAUGACAGCUCCUCCCGAGGAUACUAUUUAUUCAUCCCCAUUCAUUAAAAACACCCAUCAUGACACCAAAGGAACCAUCAACAUUGAGCUUACACAACCGACCGGACCUAAAAAAAGAUCUAGGAGACCUAAUUUACUGUUAAGAGAUAAAGGCAUUAUCAAUAGCAAGGCCCAAGCUAUAAAUAAAAACCAUCAAGGUAACAAUGAUUCAUCUCCAACACCAAAGUCGAAUGCCAGAGGUGCUAAGACCGUUCCUGCAAAACAAAAUCAAUUGAACAGUUCAAGAGCUGACCCAAAGUUUUCUAGUAGAGUCAAGUUUUCAGUAGGUAAAAACGUAGCGACUCAGCAUUACGAAGAGAAUACAGAAAACGAUUCCUAUUCUAUGAUUUCACCAAUCAGCAGGUUAGCAAAAUUUCCCGCAAUGAUUAACGAAACGUCAAAACUGACUACCGUACAUGAUCCCAGUCAGAAUAUAGUUUUCAACAAUGAAGCAAUUGGCCCAAAAUCAUUAUUACUGAGUGAAAGAAUAUGCCAAGAUAGCAGUCAAGUCAAUCGAGCAAAUCUCAAGAAAAGGAGAAAAUUCACACUUCCAACCUCCAGUAUCUCCGAAUUCUGGGAAAAUGAUCUAACAGCAUCUACCACGUUGGAGACUUCUGCUGGUAUCGGUGUGGGCGAAAUGGGAAACGAACAAAAGGCAAUAUUCGAAGGAUUCAACUCAAUAUCCGCUGGGAUCAUCAAGAAGCUUAAUUCAUUGGAAGAACAGCUUAAGGCAAGCGAGCUACAAUUGAAAAAGGAAAUUGUUUCGAAAUUUCAAAAGCUAAGAAAUGAUCACAAUGAAAAUGUCAAGGGAUUGGUCAAGAAGAUGAGUGACUUUGCAAAGCAAAUGGAUUAG